UUCCUUAUUGGAGACACCAAGUUCCAAAACCUACAUUCAAUAUCUCUCAAUGGCAUUGAGGCAUCUUCACCUUCUGUUGGUUUUCUGUGUUUUUGGUGUUGACGCUGCUGUUUUCACCCUAAACAAUGGAUGUGGGGAGAGUAUAUGGCCAGGGAUCCAACCUGGGUCUGGAACACCACAAUUAAUGGAUGGAGGGUUUGAGCUAAGACCAGGUGAAUCAGUAGAUAUCACUGCACCAGAAGGGUGGUCAGGCCGGUUUUGGGGUCGUCGGAGGUGUUCAUUUGAUGACUCUGGAAAGGGAAGCUGUGUGACUGGUGAUUGUGGGGGUGUUCUAAAAUGUGCUGGGGCAGGGGGUGCACCGCCUGCAACACUAGCGGAGUUUACCCUUGACAGCCCAGUAGAUUUCUAUGAUGUUAGCCUAGUUGAUGGCUACAACAUGCCGGUUUCCAUACUCCCUUCUGGUGGGUCUGGUGAGUGUAAGACAGUGAGAUGUGUUUCGGACUUGAACCAGCACUGCCCCAAGGACCUGCAAGUUCUGAGGGAUGGUCGUGUUGUGGCUUGUAACAGUGCAUGCAUGGCCUUCAACAAGCCUGAGUAUUGCUGCUCUGGGGCAUUCAGUACUCCUGAUACCUGCAAGCCAACAGAGUAUUCUAAAGUGUUCAAGGCUUCUUGUCCUACAUCUUAUAGCUAUGCAUACGAUGACCCGACCAGCACUUUCACAUGCAAAGGAGCUAACUACUUGAUCAGAUUUUGUUAAAGUUUAUGCCACAUUACACUAAGAAAAGAAUAACAACCCUUCUAUGCACAUCAUAUAAACACAAUGUAAUGAAGAUAUGUUUUAACUACAGGCAAGCAAAUAUGCUUUGACCUCAUGAAUGAAGAUUAGAUUGAAAUGAAUUACACUA